CGUGUGCGUGUGUUUAUAUACUCCAAUAUAUUGUCAGGCUCAGCACCAUUGCUGCUGCUGCUGAACGUGUAUGAAACCUUUUUGUCAUGUGAAUAACUGAUAGUUCUAAUCUUUAUUUAGCUGAAAUUGGCUUGUUGUUUCAGUUAAAUAUUACCGUUUUUAAUUAGGUCCAAGUAUUAUGGAGCUUAAAUGUCGCGAUCCGGAACAAAGAACGGCAAGAUUGAGUCCAUGGAAACGAGCUGAGGCCGCUCUGAAUAUUGGGGUAGCUAAACAAAUUCCUUGCAAUUUUUUUCCCCUUUUACUAAUUUCUAUUGUUGAUUCUAUUCUGUGUUCUUAGUCAUGUUAUGAACAGGUCCCUACCAAAUUUGUUGUCACUCGUUCAGGGAGAAGUUUGAUACUAAUACAGAUGCUAACAUAGACUUAGAUUUGGAUAUCAAAAAACUUGCUUUGAAAGUGUCUCCGUUCGUUGUCAGCCUUGUAUCCCUUGCUGGUGGGAAGCCGUUAUUUAUGGCUUCUGGGACUAUCACCAAGUCUGAAGAGGUUAAUGGUACAUACUUCAGUACCAUCUUAACUUCUGCUAGUCUACUUAGGACUUCUGCCGAAUCAGAUGCCAUACCUGAUGAUAUCAAGGUGGUUAUCUUUUCUUUUUCCUCGUUAUGAUAUUAGACCAUAGUUCAAUAUUACACUAUGAGCGAAAAUACAGAAUGACAUUGUUACUGUAGGUUAAUGCAUAUACGAGAUGGUACACUAUGUGAGGGCCAUUACAACAUUGCUUGGAUUAAGAUUAAAUCUGAUGCACCACUGGCGACUGCUAGUCUUAGGCUUCUAGAUGAUUCCAUGAGUGUAGUUCCAAGUGGAAUCCAGGACAAAGAGUUGGGUUCAGACUGUUUUCAGCUUCAUCCUCAUUCAGAUUUCUUCAAGCUUUGUCCUGGAGACAUGGUAGUUGCUGUCUGCCGCUACUUUCAGCCACCCGAUGAGAUUAUGGCUGCUCCUGGUAGAUUCAGGUGAACACACAAAAACUACUUUACAUAUAGCCAUUUCCUUAUUGGAAGAUGUCUUGACUGCUGUGACUUCGACUGUAAAGAGCUUCUCUGGGGUAACUGCAAAAUUUCAGAAUGCGGUAUUGGGGGACCCCUUAUCAAUCGUCAUGGAGAAGUCAUUGGAGUCAAUUUCUAUGACAGGCUAUGUACUCCUUUUCUUCCUAUCAGCAUAGCUUCCAAAUGCUUGGAGCACUUCAAGAAAUACGGGAGAUUCUGUUGACCUCUGCUUGGAAUGGAAAUAACCAAUCUUAUGCGGCAAGUUUAGGCAAGUUGGAUAGAAUUAACCUAAAGUUUCCCAAUGAAUCCAACGGUGUAUUUGUUGAAAAUGUUAUAGGAGGGUCCCCUGCUGAAUGUGCUGGAAUACUGAGUGGUGAUGUUAUUGUUCCAUGUGCUGGCAGCUUUGUCCAGGGUGUUUUGGAGUUCUAUGGAAUUAUCUGGGACAAGUGUGGGGAAUCUGUGGAGGUGGUGGUGUUAAGAUCGAGAACCGGCGAUCGUUUGAAUAUGACUCUGAAGGUUGGCGAGACUAGCUCGGAUAAAAUUAAUAGAUGGCCCCUCCCCGAAAGGUGCAGAGUUGACGUUAAAAGAGUUCGGUAAUACAGUUGCCUU